AUGGGCAAUAAACAAACCAUUUUCACUCCAGAGCAGCUGGAUGCGUAUCAGGACUGCACAUUCUUUACAAGGAAAGAAAUUCUGAGGGGAAAAGGUUUGCGCAUUUCAAAGGCAGGACUGUUUUACAGAUACCGAGACCUGGCCCCACAGCUGGUCCCACUCAGCUAUAUAAAUAAACCAGAUGUGAAGCUUCCCUAUGAACUUAUUGGCAGCAUGGCAGAGCUGAAGGACAAUCCAUUCCGUCAACGGAUAGCAGAGGUUUUCUCAGAGGAUGGAGAGGGCAACAUGACUUUAGAUGACUUUUUGGACAUGUUUUCAGUCCUGAGUGAAAUGGCUCCCAGAGACCUCAAAGCUUAUUAUGCCUUUAAAAUUUAUGAUUUUAACAAUGAUGAUUACAUAUGCAAAUCAGACUUGGAGAAAACUGUUAACAAACUGACCCGAAAUGAACUUACCCCAGAGGAGGUUUCUCUUGUAUGUGACAAGGUGAUUGAUGAAGCUGAUCAAGACAAUGAUGGCAAACUCUCUGUGGAAGAUUUUCAGCACAUGAUAGUACGAGCUCCUGAUUUCCUCAGUACAUUUCACAUUCGAAUCUGA